AUGGAGAAGGCCGGGGGGCGCGGCGGCCCGCGGGGGCCCGUGCUGCACAUCGUGGUGGUGGGCUUCCACCACAAGAAGGGCUGCCAGGUUGAAUUCUCAUAUCCUCCCCUGAUCACAGGAGAAGGCCAUGACAGCCACACUUUACCUGAGGAAUGGAAGUAUUUGCCUUUCCUUGCCUUGCCCGAUGGAGCUCACAACUAUCAAGAAGAUACCGUGUUUUUCCACCUGCCCCCCAGAAAUGGUAAUGGAAUGACAGUAUAUGGUGUUUCUUGCUACAGACAGAUUGAAGCCAAGGCACUCAAAGUAAGGCAAGCGGAUGUCACCAGAGAAACUGUCCAGAAAAGUGUCUGUGUUCUGAGCCAGCUGCCUCUCUAUGGUUUACUCCAAGCAAAACUUCAGCUCAUUACACACGCCUAUUUUGAAGAGAAGGACUUUUCCCAAAUUUCAAUCCUGAAGGAGCUCUAUGAGCAUAUGAAUAGUUCCUUGGGAAGAGCUACCAUAGAAGGGUCCCAAGUAUACCUUGGUCUUUCCCCACGAGAUCUGGUCCUUCAAUUUCGACACAAGGUCUUAAUCCUAUUUAAGCUGAUUCUUCUGGAGAAAAAGGUUCUGUUUUAUAUUUCUCCAGUGAAUAGAUUGGUAGGUGCACUAAUGACUGUGUUAUCCCUUUUUCCAGGCAUGAUAGAACAUGGCCUCCGGGACUGCUCCCAGUACAGGCCCCGAAAGAGCCUAUCUGAGGAUGCUGGGCUCCAGCACGCUACCCCUCCUGCAGAUGACUAUGUUUCUGGGUCUGCUUCUGACAUUUCAAAUACAAAUUCAGGAAUGUGCACAAAAAAAGUAUCUGGGAACCAUGGAGGGGAUGCCCCAAAGGCAGAUGGGAGCCUGGCCCAAAUAGCAAAAGAUGCCAGCAGCACACAAGCGUCCAGUAGCUUUGGCCAGCCUGUGAGACUUCCUGUGCAUGUGACCCCCGAGACAUCCGAAAAUGAAUGGGAGACCCUGGACCCUGGCAUCUUAGAGGGCACCAGCGUGAAAGAAAAGGAACAGGUGGAGCAUAAACAGAUACACUUCCUUCCAAGGGACCGUGUACCCUCCGAAAGCCCUCCAAUUACCGUGCAGCCUCAAGCUAACCUGGGGCAGGUGGUAUUCGUGCCAGGACUCAUCUCUGGUUUGGAAGAGGACCAAUAUGGCAUGCCGUUGGCCAUCUUCACCAAGGGCUAUCUCUGUUUGCCAUACAUGGCUUUGCAGCAGCAUCACCUUCUCUCUGAUGUGACCGUUCGAGGAUUUGUUGCUGGGGCAACCAACAUUCUUUUUCGGCAACAGAAACACCUCAGUGAUGCCAUUGUAGAAGUGGAAGAAGCGGUCGUUCACAUCCAUGACCCAGAACUGAGGAAGAUUCUGAGCCCGACCACCGCUGACCUGAGGUUUGCCGACGAUCUGGUGAAGCACGUGGCUGAGAACAGAGAUGACGUGUUCCUGGACGGGACAGGUUGGGAGGGAGGGGAUGAGUGGAUUCGAGCACAGUUUGCGGUCUAUGUGCACGCCCUGCUCGCGGCCUCGCUGCAGUUAGAUAAUGAAAAGAUGCUGUCGGACUACGGGACAGCCUUUGUCGCGGCCUGGAAGAGCACACACAAUUACAGGGUCUGGAACAGCUCCCGACACCCGGCUCUGGCAGAAAUGAACCCAAACCAUCCCUUCCAGGGCCAGUACUCGGUGUCGGACGUGAAGUUGAGAUUCUCCCACUCUGUCCAGAAUAGCGAACGCGGAAAAAAGCUCGGAAAUGCCAUGGUCACGACAAGCCGGAACGUUGUACAAACCGGAAAAGCCGUGGGCCAGUCCGUUGGUGGAGCUCUGUCCAGUGCGAAGACAGCUAUGUCCUUAUGGCUCUCCACUUUGACCCAGUCAACCACACAAGGUCUCACAGACCCACCAGAUGGGAAACAGUGAGUGUGGUGGUCAGAGCCUGCUGGGAGAUUGGAUCUUUCUGCUGCCUUUGGGUCACUGGGUCCACGUGAAGGGAAACCAAUGCGCUGUACUGUUCACCGGCCGAAUAUUGGAAACGUUUGCUCUCUGUAUAUUUUUAAAAUAAUAUAUGUGAGAGUGUGAGUGAAUGUAGCCUAAUUUGGAAGCAUAAAAGAAUGACCAUUAUGAGGUUGCUAUCUAGAAUGUGUGUCUAAAUUGACUACUUUUAUUUAAAUCUGAGCCUUUCUAAUUGGACCAUGUGAUGGUUUUGAUUUUCUGAUUUUGUACAUUUAUUUGUCUAUAGAAGUUUAUGUAAAUUAUAGUUAUGUUUUAUCUUUUGGAUAGACAAAUGCAUAUUAUAAUUUGUUCAUUAAAAAUAACAUCAUAUAUUGAUUCCUCUCAAAUUGGGCCCACAAAUGUUACCUGGCCCUUGGCUUUAUAAGUUUUGAGCCCUUUGCUGUUGGGUUUUGUUUUUCUUACUUUAUUCUAUUCUAAAUUAAUUUAAGCAGAGGUAUAGAUUCAUCAUUACAUGACAAGGGUAUGAAUCUGUUGUUGUUUUCCUGCUCUCAGUUUCCCUUCCCCCAAUUCAAUUACACCUACCCAUUUGCAACUCAAAGAUGAUGGUGGAAAAUGGUGAGGUUUUUAAAGUUAAUCAUCUAAUCCCUGAAAACUUCUUCUAUCCCUGAUGUCCUUCCCAGCCUGGCCCUGCCCUCCUUCCUUUACCUAAUUCAGUCCCAGAAAGUAAGAAGGGCAGGGUUGCAUUUGAUCUGGGAGAUAUUUUUCAAGAUGGCUGCUGUUUGUGUCUUCCCGGCCCUGGCCCUGUUAAAAUCUUCUGCGUCCACGUAUGGAUAUCUGAACUCGGCGCCUUCCGGGCCCUUCCUUGGCACAUUUUGUCUGGUAGGGUUUUCCCCCAGGAUUUUUGUUCUUCACACAGGUGCCUGGCCUUUCUCCCUUCCCAACUGAAAGUCGUUCUCCUUUUCAAUUGUUUCCUCCUUAACAUGUUCUUAGAAGAAAAGCAAAAAGCUCAAUGUAAAAGAGGAGUGCCAUUCCAGUGCAAAUUUGAAUGAUAUUGAUGUUCAAGGGAAGAUAGCAAAGCCGGGGGUAGAAGGGAAGGUCCCCGGCCUCUCACUAAUUGGGCCUGCUGUCAGGUUGUGCAGAGGUAUGUGUGAUGCUAUACUUGCCCCUAAAGGCUUUUACAUCACCUUGUCUGCUUUCCGACUAGCCAGAGGGGCUCUAGGAGAAGGGUUUUCAGGGACCAGGUCUAGUGGACAAGUCGCCUUCCUCAUGUCGACAUUUUAGUAAAACAUCCUGCUUGUCUGUAGUACUACACUAAACAUGUCGUGAGAUCGUGCUUUCCCAGCCCUCUGUUGAAAAGUCAUUGGAUUUUUCAGUUCCUCAGCGGGAGAUUCUCUUGUGUGGAGCCCGUCUCUCAAGGAGGCUAGACUCACGUUGCCCUCUCAGACACGCGAUAACUGUGUCCUGUGCAGGCCACACUGCUUCCUGGACACUCCAUCAAGACCAGGGACGUUCUUCCUGCCCCUCAUAUACUUGGUUACAGGGAGAGACCCCAGGUGUGAGGAUGACGACUGGUGAAGGGAAUGGCAGCCUCCCAGCCUCUGUCUUGUCUCCUCCUUGCAUUGAGGGACGGUCUCUUAUCUGCAGUGACUGUGUGUGUGUGUGUGUGUGUGUGUGUGUGUGUGUGUGUAUUUAUGGGGAUGAAUCUUAGCUCUGCCAUAGUGUGACUUCUUGAUUGGAAUAUGUACCUCAGAGGAACUUUCCGUUAGUAUUUCAGUGAGGAUAGGUCCAGGUCUUUUAAGAAAAGACCAUAACUGAACAUGAGUCACGAACAGAGAAGGAGGUGCUGUGCCGAAUGGAGACAGUAGCUUUGCUCUUGAAUGACUUGUUUCCUCAUCAGGCUUCCACGUACCUUAAGAGAGGAGAGUUUUAACACAAGCAGAUACAGCUCAGGAUCUAGUUUCCGAGUGAAGAUCUUGCCUGUAUCGUUUCACUCCUGGUCUAGGAAAACUAAAAAGCCAUUUUUCCUGUAGCUCUGAAGAUCUAGCAGGGAGCCAGCACAGGGGCCAGUGGCUGGCUCAGGGCCCAGCUUGCAGGUGUAUUGCCAGCAUAGAACUCUCCCCUCACUCCCUGGCCAUCUUUUUGACACUUGUUUGAGGGCAUGUGUUGCAGACCUGGCCAGAAGUACGUAGAGAUUGUGGAUUUUGAGGAGAGCUCAUGAAAUGAGCCUUUGCCUCCUCCUCCAACCAUUGAACAUGGAUGCACACCCUUUCUCCAUCUGUAGUCUGUCCAGAUAGGUGAUGCUGUUGGGACAGUCUGCGUCAUUCCAAAUCAAGCCCUAAGUAGCAAGUGUUUACGUUGACUGGCACACUGGUUAGGAGAGACCAUCCAGUGAGUGCCACACCUUCAAAAGGAAGAUAUUUGACAGUCAAAUUAAGGCUGAUUAUAAUUGUGUAGAAUCCACAAUUCCCCCCCAAAAAAAAUCCUGUAUCAUGUGUGUGUCUAUAUGUUCAGUAUAAUAACUUUGCUCCCCCCAAGCCCAUCUAAUGGGUGAUGUGCCAGUCCCUCAGACUAACUGACAUCCUCCUGCUUUAAAAAAGCCUUCUUUAAAGCAAUACCCAUCCUGCCAUGAUGUGCUUUGAAGGUAAACUGAGCCCAGGAUUCUGUAUUUUCUCAAGGAAACCAGUGUUUAUAACCAUUCCCGUGAUAUUUAUCUUGUGUGACUUCAAAGCGGGGAGCGAGGUUGGAGAACAAGGUUUAUAGAUGCCUGGGUCAGAGUCCACUGAGACCAGUAUUUAAUCGUCUAGCAGGGUUCUUUUGGAGGGAAGCUGGGCAUUAUCAGUGAAUGAUCUGAGUGUUUCAGGUUCCGAAUGAAGAGAGACUGUCCUCUAGGAGUAGAUAGGAGUCUGUCUGGAGAGCUCUUGGGGCUGGUUUGUAUUAAGCAGGGCUUGGCGCUUUUAGCCAUAGUUGCUUUUCUUCAGGCACCCUGCAUUACUGAGGCUGCUGGAGCUGGGAAACCAAGUGCUUAAUUAUUGUCGAGUUUGGGGGCUAAGCAUGCUGGCCCUGGAUCUUUGGGGAUCUCUUGUCCCAGAGACUUGUAAGGAAACUGGACUUUGUGGGGCUAAUGUAGCGUAGAAUCUAAUGACUUCAUCAGUGGGAAAUUGCAGAGGGAAAGGGGGCGACAGUAGCCCUACCAUCCCCUCACCCCUCCCUCACUUGGGGGUUUCAAUCUUCACUUCCUAUUUGGCUUCAUAGGAUUUGGGGCAGAGGCCUGCUUUUGGGGUAUCCUAACCCUUUGACCCACCACACUCUGUCCUUCUACCCAGUCCUCUUGGGACAGACACUUGAGUAGACCAGCAGUGUCUCCCAACACAUGUAGCCUCAAAAUCUCAUGCAAAGCUUGAUCCCAGCAUCCAGCCAGUUACUGGAGGAAUCCUUCUAUGUAGCAUAAUGUAGGAAUGGGAGUUUUCUCAUUCAAAAUCUCCUUACGUAUGUGAUCUCGAAAGGUUCUUUUCCCAACGUUCAACCUUCUAUAAAUAUUCCUUAAGGACAGUGAAGAGAAAUAAAGAUCUGGUCUUCUCGAUAGGCUAGUAGUUGUGUUUUACAAGUGACUUACUGAUAGCAUCAUGAUGCAAAGUUUCCAUCUCUGCUCCCAAACAAGAUAGCGUGCAUGCCCAGAAACUGGUCUGUUUUCUAAAAUGUCAGUGCAUUUAUAUUUUGCAGCACCUCUUUCAAAUUUGCUUUUUUCCUUAUUGGUUAAAGACGGGAGACUCGAUACUGAGAUCAUGUUAGUGGGGCUUGCUUUACCUAGUUCCUUUCCACUUCUCACUGGCCACUGACCUCUCACAUGUAUCGUGAGCUUCUCAGAAUAUUUUUUUACUGCAGGGUUUCACUGUGAUGGCGGGGUGGCAAAAUGUGAUUGAAUUUCUCAGAAGGCUUCCAUGUUUGAAGGGCCAUUUUACGUUGUUUUCUUGAAAUGUUUCAAUAUUUUACAGCUGGACCAAUCAUAUUAAAAAAUCAGACUGUCAA